AUGAGUGGCUCACGCCAAAAUAACCAGAGGAAGACCUCGCGGUAUAUCAGCCCCGAGCAUUCUGUAAAGACUGACACAUACAAGCCGGCCCGAAAGAUCAUUAAUUACGCCGCAAUGCCGGAUCUGCCUGACGAAGCACGACAGUGUCUCGUCACCGUGGAAAAGCUUGCAACUAUGGGCAAGGGCACGCUUGCCGACUCAAUAUGGGCGCUGCCGGAAGAUAUCAAACACAGCACCGCAAAGGUUAACAAACCCAUCGUGGUCAACAAGAAACACUGCCCGACCGUGACCCAAUCUCCGGCUCUGAAUCUUACCAAAGCUGACGCUGAGGUUCGACAAACCCCCGCGAUCAAGUCUGGUAGCAACGGUCUUGCAGCCUCUCGUUGGGCAACUGAUAAGCCCAUCGUUACUAAUAAGAAACCUUUGCUAAACAAAACCGCAACCGUUGUUCCAAAUGUUGCCAAAGCUAACCCUGAGGUUGGAAAAGUUUCUGAGAUCAAGCCUGGUAGCUACUGCAACGAUCUGGCAGCAUCCCGGUGGGCAACAGCUGGGUCACAUAACAGCGGCGCAGUUCCUCGGUCUAUUGCGCGACCUACCGCUAUAGCGGUAAUGAAGCAACAAGCACCGACCACGCCUCCUGUUAAACUGCCCAUUUCGAAAGUUGCCGCCGAGAAACAUAUCCUCCCCCAUCUGAGAGGCAUUGAGCCGAAACCGGAAUUUCUGAAGCCCGAACCUGAAACUUCUCAAUCAACUAGGCAAUCUGUUGACAUACAGGCGAAGGAGUCGGUAGAUCAAACUGGACUACUCCUUAAAUUGCAUAGCACAAAACAGACACCUGAGAAAUAUCUUCUGCCACAUCUUAGGGGCAUGGAUAUUGAAGACAAGUUGAAAUUUGUUAUGGAGGCGAAAGAGUCCGUAGGUCAACCUAGGCCACUUGAUCCCUCGCCCAAUGGCAAAUCUACCGCCGAGAAGCCUGUUCUUCCACAUCUGAGAGGCAUGGAACUAGGAUACGAGUUAAAAGCCGAACGACAGGUCCUUGAACCGAUCCAUCAGCCAGCUGUCAUAGACACCAAGAUUCCCUUGAACCGAUCUAGACCACUUAUUCACUCACCCAAUGCGAAGCCAACAGCUGAAAAGCAUGUCCUGCCUCAUUUGAGGGGCAUCGAGGCGGUCGACCCCAAAAUUAUCGGAUCAGAACUGGAAGCUAAGGAUGUAUACCUCCUUCCACACCUUCGAGGCAUCAAGGAAGCCGAACAGCAGAAGUCUAUCCUUCCUCAUAUGAGUGGAGCUAACGUCAGCCCAUCGGCAAAGACCGAUUCUCUGUCCCCAGCCCCAACUCCUCUAGAGGGAGUCAGCACUUCUAGUGAAACCGCCUCCAUCCGAAGCGAUGUACCAGAGGUAGCCAGUAUGGCAUCCGAAUACAACUCAACUAACCAUGUACCCCGCCGUCCCACCACGCACCAGUCUCCAACCAUAGAGUCACAAUCCGAAAUGCAACCAACUACACCGGUGAUCCGCAGCACAAAACUCGCAACACCCGAUGAAUUCAUGAGCAGAGUGAAUGCCCUUAGGAAUGGGCGUGGUACAACUGUCAAAGCUGGAAUGCCUACCAACAUGGCACUUUCGGCACCAAAGAACAAUCAGAAGGAAAAUAUCCGCUUUGUCAAGGAAUCGGUGCAGAAUAAUGGCAAAGAACAAGUUCGUAGUCAACCGUCUGACUGGGAUGUGCCUCGUCUUCCUCGCGAUCCAAAGAUCAUUACUCAGAUGAUCCUAGCCGAACUUAAGGCAAACUGCGAGAUCCCUACAAAGGGUGAUGUACUGACACAAGACGCAUUAGUCAAUACCAAGGGUUCAACCCCCCGUGCUUGCGGAAACACGCUAGAUGAUUGGGUCAGCAACGCUGGAAUAUUUCACAAGCCAAAGGAAAUCGUACGGGCAAACCAAGGAAAGCCUGCUACUGAGGAAUUUCUUGACUGGGAUGGAAGCUGGAUGCCGCCAGUGUGUGACUGGGAAUAUGAUAGAGAACGGUACGAUAACAGCGGGUUCGUAUCUGAAUACAUCGAAGAGUGGCGGGCCAAUGCACCAUCCGGACCGGGUGUGACUGUUGACUACACUGAGAACUCCGAAAAUGAACAUAAGCGACAGCAUCAAACCGCAAUGUCUUCGAGCCUCAAGCGAGCUUCUGGUCGGAAGAGAUGCCAGGGACCGUCCAAUUUAAAGUUUAUCACCGCUGCAUAUGAUGAAGUAGUGCGUACACCAGAACCGAACCCGUUUGCUCCUACGGCUGCUAUGCAUCUUCGCCCAGUCGCCAUUCAAGACGCAGUUGGCAUUGCUUCGCUGUACAACCACUAUGUUAACAAAUCUCACAUUCCAGAGGACCAGGAAAUGCUUGCAGACACGGAUGUGAAGCACAUGAUCGACUUGGCUCACAAGGAUAAGAUGCCAUUCAUUGUCGCUAUCCGUGGCAAACAAUCAGCCGUCGUCCAUAUGCAGGGUGGCCCGGGACCAUCGCAAAAGCGUACUCGUCCUGUUUAUGAGGAGGUGAUUGGCUUUGCUAGUGCUGAGAGCUUCAAUUAUGGCCUCGCUGGUGAACGAAGCGGGCGUUCUAGGGCGACUGUCAACCUUCAGUUGUAUGUUCAUCCAGAUCAUACACGCCAAGGUCUCGGUAGAAACCUGCUCGAUCACCUUCUACAUGUCAUGAACCCCGGAUAUGCGUUCAAGAAUGCUUGCACUUGGGUUAAUCCAGAGAAUAGCACAAUCUACCAAGCUGGUGGAGCAGGCCUGUUUCAUCAGAUGGUGUUUCAGCUGCCCAUCCUACGUGUGGACGAUGCAAAUUACCCAUGGAUUAAGAACUUCCUCCUCAGCAAGUUCUUCUUUGCCGAGGAGGCUCGCCUGAGGUGUGUCGGCCGAACAUCAAAGGCCCAAGGUACAGCGAAGUGGCUCGACCUAGUCUUCUUCCAAGCUGAAGCAUCCAAUGGGCAAGACUUUACUUUUGACGACUAA